AUGGUCGCCGUCCACAACCGUUACGUUGAAAUAACGGACCUAGACGACCAAGAGCUACACGCCGCAGAUGUCUACAUUGAAAAUAUUCGCAGCUUGCACGAUGGCUGUCUGGCCGCAGUCGCGGAAUCAGCGCGAAACCAGCAAAUCCGUCGCCCAUCUGUUUCUUGGACUAUUGAAAACUUAGAUCGUCGGCUAUCUUCUGGGUCAAUCACUACGCAAGCUAUCACACCAAACGUCGCUCCAAUUACGCAGGCGCUGCAAACCGAAGAACAACAGCCGCCGGGUAACGGCAAGCGUGUUCAUGACCAGCAAGGCGCACAAGAGAAUGACGACAUUGGAGCAGAAUGCUCGAAGAGCUUUUUUGGUCCAACCAACCCUGAACGAGAUGAAUACGAGUCAGCAAAACGGCGAAAAAUCAAUUUAGAAUUCCAGCUGAAGAAGCAAGAGUUGCAGCGAGAGCGCGAACAAAGGGACCUCCAGCUAAAAUACGACAGAGAGCGAGAGGAUAUAAUGCUAGAAAUACAAAGGCAAUCUCACUUAAUGGGUGAAUUUGUCCGACCCGGCGAGCCGCAGCACUCGUCCACACCAACACAGAAGUCCGCCACACAGCAAACAUGCACCACCAAACCAAUCGCCGGCCCGUCUACGUACGUGCCGUCACACGGAUGGCCUAAGCUGCAGGUAGCCAAAUUCGAUGGUGAUCCGCGCAGCUGGACAAAAUUCACACAUGGCAUCAGCGCCACCUUAAGAGAUACUAAUAUGCCCGAGUCAUGGAAGCUCCUGGCGCUUCAGGAGAGCAUGCUAGAGCACAUCCAGAAGCGCGUCGCGCACGUUUUUGCUAACUCCGACACUUUCGAGUGCGCCUGGAACCUCCUCGAAGCUAAAUACGGGGACCCUGGUCUUAUCAUCAAGGCGCACGACACACAUCUCCAACAACUACCAUCGUUCAGGGCUGGAGACUUCGACGGUUUAUUCAAAAUGGCGACAGCCGUUCAUGAUGCGGUGUCCAGUGUAAGCAGUGAACACAUCUGUAUGUUCAUGUCAGUGGUCGGGACCCUCCACACCAAGCUACCUAACUAUUUGCAGGCAGACUGGAGCAAGCACGCUUAUCUCCUGCGGAGAAUACCAACUCUUAAAGAUUUUGACGUAUGGAUCGAUACCAUAAUGGGAGCGGAAGAACUUCGCGGUGCCAAGAUUUCCACAGCAGGCGGCUCCAGUGGUAGCAACAAACCACCUAGCAACCUAACCAAUGCCAACCGUCAAACCAGCGGAAGCAGUAAUUACGGUGUGCGUGGUGGCCCAACUAUUAUGAAUAACUACGCUGAAUCCUUGCUGAGACAAACAGCCGUCGAGUGCCCGGCAUGCAAUGACAAAUCGGCGCAUCGCCUGGAAGAAUGCAAUACUUUCGCCAGAAUGACGGUUAACGCUCGUGCCGUCCUUUGUGCCCAGAACAAUCGCUGCUUCAAGUGCUUGAUAAAAGGACACUACGCGUCGAAAUGUAGAAGGCAAAAUGCAAGUUGUACAGACUGUGGCGCUGCACACCACAAGCUUCUGCAUGGAGCAGAAAGGCAGUUCCCUGUAAGCUCAGGACCCAAAAUUCUAAUGGUCAAGUCCCCGCUAAACUCUAUCAAGCCGGUGCUUCUCGCAAUUGUUCCAGUUGUCAUUGAAGUGAAAGGUGCAGUAAAGUCAACGUUCGCCGUGUUAGAUCCUGGUAGCGAAGCCACUUUAAUCACGCGACCUUUGGCCAGUUUUCUGGAUUUGAAAGGGAGUCCGGCAGUAAUUCGGUUCGGCUCAUUCAGCAGUUCAGUCGAAAUUUUAACCGACGUGGUCUCAUUCAGCCUGCAUUCACUCGACAAAGCCUGUUCAUUCGAGCUGGAGGACGCAUUCGUCGUCCCGAAAAUUAAUUUAUCUCAUAGAAAAAUCAACUGGCCCGCAAUUAAACAUCGAUGGUCGCAUUUAGCACAGCUCGAUUUACCAGCCAUAGACUCGUCUAGCGUCGAGAUCCUGUUGGGAAUGGACGUCGCAGCCGCGCAUCAAACUCUUCAAAUGUUAGAACCGCUUGCUGGAGAAGAUGGGCCUACUGUCUACCGCACACGUUUUGGGCUAGCUGUAGUCGGAAGAAUACCAAAGUCUCUCGUGACGGGACCAACUACCAGGAGAACAGUAAACUUGCAAUCUAUACCCCCGCUGCUACCUUGUAUGAUGGACCGAACGCACUCAUUUCAACAACCUACGGCGCGAAUAUCAGCGGCACGCAGCUUGCAGCAGCAAGAAGACAAUCAAAUGCUCGACAUCAUGAAGCGGUCAAUAAUAUUUACCAUGUGCGGUUAUCAGAUUGACUUGCCUCUACGAACAGACCACCCUGAAAUACCGAACAACAGAAACCAGGCGCUUUCUCGCUUCCACGGUCUAGAGCGUCGGCUUACCGAGCCUUCUAUGCGCGAACUAGCAAGUCGCUACGAGCAAAUCGUCGAAAAACUAAUUUCAUCAGGAACAGUCGUGCCAGUUGCCCGGUCAGCCAUCGACGAGCCGAAAGGCUUGGUUUGGUAUUUGCCACACUUCUUUGUAACCAAUCCAAACAAACCUGGGAAGACCCGUGUCGUUUUCGACGCAGCCGCCCGAUUUCGUUCAAUUUCCUACAACGACUUAUUCUUGAGAGGUCCACCUUCUAUACCAAGCCUCGUAGGCGUACUCCUACGAUCUCGUCAAUUUCGGGUUGCAUUGUCUGCAGAUAUCACCGCCUUCUAUCACCGCGUCGGUGUCGCAAAACAUCACCAGUCACUCCAACGCUUCGUGUACAGAAAAUUCGGCAGUGACGCACAAAUUAACACGUACCAAUUCACAACUCUGAUAUUCGGUGCCAUUUGUUCAUCGUCAGCCGCUGUGUUUGUGUUACAGCACGCCGCGAACAAAUGCUUUGAAUUCCCAAUCGUAUCAGAAAAGAUGAAGGAUAACUUUUACUCCGACAAUAUGAUCGACUCCUUCGAAACGGAAGAGGAGGCAAUGGAUUUCGCACGGCAGGUUACUAAAUCUCUCGAAGCUGGCGGGUUUACCCUAACCGCGUUCGCAUCAUCUUCAGCCAAGGUCCUUAAAUCCAUCCCGAUGCAGCACAGGUCACACCAAAUAAUCGAUCUCAACCUUGACGGGUUGCAAAUAGAGUAUCUACUAGGACUAGAAUGGGAUAUCGCAACGGAUACAUUUUGA